AUGGGCAUUAAAGGUCUGCAGGGGUUUGUGGAAAGAGUCUGCCCGGAUGUAUGCAGAACAGUAGACCUGAGAGAGAUGGCAGAAAAGCAUCGCAUCGAUCAUCCUGAUUCCCUGCCUGUUAUCGUAGUGGACGCCAUGAGUUGUGUUAAGUACUGGUACACACCAGAAUACUGGGUGUGUGGUGGCCAGUGGCGGGAGUACCUUGCCAAUUUGGAGGAUUUUAUUAAAGUUUUUAUGGCAGCUGGUAUCAAGUUGGUGUUUUACUUUGAUGGUGUGGUGGAAGGGAAAAAGAGAGAUGAGUGGAUCAAGCGGAGGUUGAAUAAUAACAAGGAAAUAGCCAGAAUAUUUCAGUUUCUCAAGACUCACAGGAAACAACCAGGAAGAGAAAUGUUCACUCUUUCUACAGCUUUGCCUACUUUUACACGUUUUGCCCUGAAGUCGCUUGGUCAAAAAACAGUGUGCACAUUGCAGGAGGCAGACUUUGAGGUGGCUGCAUAUGGUUUGCAACAUAACUGCAUAGGAAUUCUGGGACAAGAUAGUGACUACCUCAUCUAUAAUACAUGCCCCUACUUCUCCAUUGAGAAACUCCAUUUGGACAGACUGGUCACCGUUAUGUACUCUCGAGAAGAUCUUUGCCAUGCAUUGGGUCUUAGGCUGACACACCUUCCUCUCUUUGCUUGCUUGCUUGGCAAUGAUGUUGUUCCAGAAAGCUUGUUGGAAGGCUUUUGGCAUAAAUGUUUAGUCACCAGUCGCCGCAGGAGUAACAGGUACAGCAGAAGGACAAACAUACUUCUAGCUGUAGCAGAUUACAUCUCAAAAGUUCCGUGCUCAUACAGCAGCCUGAAACACUUGGAAGAGAUGCUACCUUUGGGAUCAGACAAGACAUUACUGUACAGAGGAGUGGAAUCCUACCUUUUGCCUGGGCAGCAGUCUCCGUGGGUUCCUCCCAACACAACAAAUCACCAGAUGUUCUCCCUUCAACAACAAACAGCCCUGUGUCCAGAUAAAGAAAUCUUCGAGUUAGCUAAAGAGCAGCAUAUCCAAUCUGAAAAUUAUACAAUCUUCAAUAUCCUGAGUAAUGGAGAGAUUGAAUGCAGCAACUCUUUGGAAGAUGAAUGUGAUACAGAGAUCCCUGGACAGGCACUUAUCUACCGCCCUGCUCGUCAGCAUAUUUAUUCUGUCUUGUUGGAAUCUAUAAAAGGUGGAGCCUAUCCUGUGGUAAAAGAGUGGUUUGUCUAUUUUGGAAAUCCUCUCCAGCAGCCAGAGCUGAUACAACCUGUAGAACCUUCUAUUCCAGGUGGACUACCUAAUCUGAAAACACUGUGGUUUGCCAAAGGACCUGAUGUGGAAAAGCAACGGUAUAGCACGUUUCUGGCAUGCUUUUACCUUCAGGAUGAGAUGGCAGAGCUCCAAGCUCUAGAAGCACCUGUUGCAGCGUUCUGCUGCUUGUUGGCCUAUCUUAUGAUGCAGGUCAGUAGCCUCUCUCUGGAGGACUUAAAUGCAUUUGUGGCACUCAUUCUUUGCCUCAAAGGGAAGACUGCUGCUCAAUUGGCAGGUUUGCAGCUCACACAGGUGGACUCCAGAGCUGUACAUCUUAGCGCUGUCUUUGUUCGUGGCCUCACAACCUUGCUCAUGGCCAAUAGUGCUUGUGGAUUUCCAUUCAGAAUGGAUGAUUUGAUGCCUUGGGAAGUGUUUGAUGGAAAACUUUUUCAAGAAAAAUACCAGCAAUCGCACCAAGGUUGCUCUUUGGAAGAGCUUUUGGAAGGCAAUGAGUCAUUGUAUACACCCUUCCAGAAUCUGAAGUCUUUCAUUUGCAAGGCUUGCAUGGCUAAGAAAAGAACAAUACAGAGCAGACCAAGAGGGAAUGGAUUUAUCACAGGAACACAACAAAGAGAAUUUAAUCCCAAAUUCCCAACACACAGAGGUUCUUCUGUUCCUCCAUAUGAUAACCAGAUGAGGGGGUCCCUAUGGAGAAAUCCUCGGCCACAAG